UUUUCUCAAUCAAAGUGAAAUGGGCGAGGAUAAGAAUUGGUGAUAUGGGUUACAUCAGUUAGUCGGAUGAUGACCUGAAGUGGGCUUCCGCAUUCGACAAUUUCCAGCUGCACGUGAUCUUGAAAUUUUGAAAUUCGGACUUGGAAGGAUGUCUGAAUUUGUGGAGAAGCAGUCGGCCCACUCUCAUGUUUUGGCCCGUAUGUAAUCGAACUUGGACAGAAGUGUUGGGCCCAAGCAGAGCACACGAAAGCUUCACAUGUCCCAAUUCGACAGAAAAUAGAUACUACAGAAGGGAAGAGAAAAACGACCAUGAAGUUUCAUUCCCGACGAUUUUCAGUCCAGACAAGGAUUUCCCGUUAUCCAUUGUGUAAACAUUAUAGAGCUGGUUAAACAGGUGUAUGUUAGAACAGUGAACAUCAGUGAUGAUCCUCCACCUGCAAAUCCCCUUCCCCUCCAAACAUACCCGAAACACCCUCAAGAACCACGUCUCCCCUCUCCCCACCGUCACCGGGGACUCCGGCCUCAAAUUCCGGCAGAAACUCCUCUUCCUUCAAUCGCUGAAAGUAAAUACCACUAAAGCUCUCCAAUUAAAUCCUAAUCUCCGUGCUGCUCCACUCUCCACCCUACACUCCAUCACUCAAUGUCUCUCCUCAAUGGGCCUCGGACUCUCUGCCAUCGGCCGCAUUCUCGACAUGUACCCUCAACUCCUAACUGCCGAUCCUUAUUCCGACAUAUACCCAAUUUUUGAUUUUUUACUACAUACUGUCCAACUCCCUUUUCCCGAAAUCCAGAAAUCGAUAACUCGGUGCCCCCGGAUUCUUGUUUCCGACCCGGAAACUCAAUUGAAGCCCACAUUUGAUUUCUUGACUGAAUUGGGCUUUGUGGGCACGAAUAAAUUGACAUCACAGACCACGUUGCUUCUCGUUUCAAGCGUCGAGUGUACGCUGAUGCCCAAGAUUGAGUAUUUAGUGGGAUUGGGAAUUGAGUACGAGGAGGUGAGGAAUAUGGUGCUGAGGUCGCCGGGGUUGUUGACGUUUAGCGUGGAGAACAAUUAUAGGCCGAAGGCAGAGUAUUUUCUGAAGGAAAUGAAUGGGGAUGUGGAGGAGAUCAAGAGGUUUCCUCAGUAUUUUUCAUUUAGUUUGGAAAGGAAGAUUAAGCCACGCCAUCGGCUUUUAAUGGAACAUGGGGUUUUCAUGUCGUUGUCGGCUAUGUUGAAGGUUAGCGAUGGAGAAUUCAAUGUGCGGUUGCUUGAGAAACGUCUGCGGAUGGCGCAGGAGAGGCGGUUGUAGCAUUCUGUAAGUUGUCCUGUUUCUAAUUUUGUAGCAUAUUGCUAUCUUGGGAGGUAAAUUGAAAUGUGUAGAAUGAAAUUGUAGAUUGCUGGACUUUGUUGAUUGUAUAUGUUUAUUGGAGUAUACGAGUUCUUGUGCCACAAAAUGUUCAGUAAUUUUUACAUAAAUAUUUUAUGGGA